CAUUUUGGUUUCAUCAAAGAAUUAGACAACAACAACAACAACAACAACAAAAAUCAAAUAAAAUGAAAGUUUUUAUUUCAUCAUUUUUUUUGAUGAUAGUGAUGGCUGUCACUUAUGCAGCUGAUGAUGAAGUCUCAAUAACCAGUGUUGAUAAAUCACAAUCAGAUAAUUAUAGUCAAAAACCGUCAUCAGCUGAAGGAUUUGCCAGAGCUUCAAAUGAUUUUGGUUUUCAUUUAUUGAAUGAAAUUGUUAAACAUCAAUCAUCACCAUCUUCAUCAUCAUCCGGUUUGGAAAAUGUUUUUUUCUCACCAUACAGUAUUGCCGUUGCAUUAUCAAUGGUACAUCAAGGUGCACAAGGAUCAACCGCUGAACAAUUUAAUCGUGUAUUGAAAUAUGACAAAGUAUCACAAUUGAAUAAUGGUGAACAUCAAGUUGUAGCCAAUUCCGUUAAACAAUUACAAGAACAAAUAAAACAAUCCGAUUCUAUUAAUAAAUUAGAAUACGGUAAUAUGUUGAUUGUCGAUCAUAAAAUGCCUAUUAAAGAUGAAUAUCGAAAAACUAUUGAACAAUAUUAUGAUAGUCAAAUAAUAUCGGUUGAUUUACCUAAAGAAUCGAAUGUUGCCUUCUACAGUGUAUUACCACGUGAACGUAAUUGUGAUCUAAGUAAAAUCCGUCAAUCAUUAAAUUCAUCUUUCAUUGAUGAAAUUAUUGGUCGAAAUAAAGGUAAUUCAGUUGUCUAUUUCCCAAAAAUUGAACUUAGUACAUCAUAUCAAUUGCCCGGAAUUUUAAAUACAAUGGGCAUACAAGAUGCUUUCACUGGAUCGGCUAAUUUUUCUGGUAUCAGCAAUAAUAAAUCAAUGAAAAUCGAUGAAGUCAUUCAUAAAGCAAAAUUAAUUAUUAAUGAAAAAGGAACAGAAGCUUCUGCCAGUACCUAUUCAUCAUUUAUGUCUAGAAUAAAGUAUUUUUAUCCGAGAAUUAUCCAACAACCAAAAACAAAAUCAAAGAAAAUGAAAAUUUUUAUUACAUCAUUUGUUUUGAUGAUGGUGAUGGCUGUCACUUAUGAAGCUCGUAAUGUUAGUCUUAUUAGUCAUAUUGUAAUACUGGGAUCAGCUAGAGGAUUUGCCAAAGCUUCGAAUGAUUUUGGUUUUCAUUUAUUGCAACAAAUUCAACAUCAUUCAUCUGGUUCGGAAAAUGUUUUCUUCUCACCAUACAGUGUUGCCGUUGCAUUAUCGAUGGUAUAUCAAGGUACACAAGGAUAUACUGCAGAACAAUUCAAACGAGCAUUGAAUUAUGAUAAAAUAUCACAAUUGAAUAAUGGUGAAUAUCAAGCCGUAGCCAAUUCUGUGAAACGAUUGCGAGAACGAAUGAACAAAGCAGAACAUAUUAUAUUGGAAUAUGGUAAUAUGUUGGUUGUAGAUAAUAAAAAACCACCUAUUAAAGAUGAAUAUCGGAAAACUAUUGAAAAAUUUUAUGAUAGUCAAGUAAUGUCGGUUGAUUUUGCCAAAGAUUCGAACAAUAUUAUGGAACAAAUCAAUCAAUAUAUAUCGAACAAAACACAUGGUUUAAUUGAUCGUAUGCUUGAACAGCCACCAUCGCCGAGUACUGUUCUUGCAUUAAUAAAUGCUGUUUAUUUUAAAGGUGAAUGGGUGGAACAGUUUGAUCCAAAAUUAACCAAACCAGAUGUAUUCUAUGAUCAUCGUGGUCAAGAAUAUAAAAAUGUUCAAUAUAUGAAUGGAGAUGGUCCAUUUGGAUAUGCUGAAGUUAAGCAAUUGAAUUCCGAUCUGAUCAAAAUGCCAUAUAAAGGUAAAGAUGUUGCAUUCUACGGUUUAUUACCACGUGAACGUAAUUGUGAUCUAAGUAAAAUUCGUCAAUCCUUAAAUUCAUCUUUCAUCAAUGAAAUGAUUAGUCGAAUUGCUGGUUAUUCAACUGUCUAUUUUCCAAAAAUUAAACUUGCUACAUCAUAUGAAUUACCCAAAAUCUUAAAAUCAAUGUGCAUUCAAGAUGUUUUCACUAAUUUAGCUGAUCUUUCUGGCAUCAGCGGUGAUAAAUCAUUGAAAAUCGAUAAAGCCAUUCAUAAAGCCAAAUUAAUUGUGAAUGAACAAGGAACUGAAGCUGCUGCCAGUACCUAUAUUCAAAUAGGUGUUAAGUCAGCUGGACUAUCAAAAACUUUCCGUUUUGAUCAUCCAUUUUUGUAUUUUAUUCGACAUCGAAAAACCGGUCAGAUUUUAUUCCUUGGUGAAAUUCAUAAUUUCUAAAUCAAAAUCAUCACCAUCACCAUCACACAUCAAAAUCCUAUUUCCUAAAUGAAUAAAAUUCUUUUUUCUUGUUACAA